AUGAAUUUGACUAUUCAUAUUUUGCUCCUGUCAUUUUUGCUAUACACAGUGCACGGCCUUCCUGCUUAUUCUCCUUGUUCGGCAUAUUAUAAUUCUCCUCCAAAUAACAAUAAUGCUUCUUCAGGGUCAACUGCACCAACAAAUUAUAACACUUCUAAAAAAGCUGUAAAUACGGACCUGGUCACUUCUCUUCCCGAAUAUGAUGGUUCUCUUCCGGAAAUGUAUUCAGGGUAUCUCGGUGCUGAAAAUUUGAAAGAAAUUUUCUACACCUUUGCUCCAGCUACCACUUCCACUGAUAAAUUUAUUGUUUGGCUCCAGGGUGGACCGGGCUGUGCUGGAACUUUGGGGUUUUUCAGCGAAAAUGGACCCAUCAUUCUUGAUCCUAACCAUCAAACUCCCCAAGACAAUCCAAAUUCAUGGACACGAUUUGCUAAUAUGUUAUGGAUUGAUCAGCCUUUUGGAACUGGAUAUUCACAAGGCUCCCCUCUCGCUUCCACAGUGUCUAUAGCUACCAGCGACUUCAUCCAAACCCUGAAGUCAUUCUAUGCAAAGUUUCCUGAAAUGAAAGAGAAGGAGUUAUACCUAGUGGGUGAGAGUUACGGGAGCGUUUGGGGUGCUUACUUUGCGCAAGCUCUUCGUUCUGACCCAGAAUUACAUACAAUUCCAUUUGGAGGUCUUGGUAUAAUUAGUGGUUUGCUUGCUGACUAUGAAACUCAAAAUACCAUAACUGCUUCCAUGUGGUUAGACCAUGUAAAUAAAAUGGACCUGUAUUAUUCAGAUGAUGCAGCUGAAGUCUCCUCCUUUUUCGCAGCCAAAAAUCAACAAUGCGGUUAUACAGAAGUUUUGGAAAGAAUGCAGUUCCCUGUCGAACAAUCCCCGAUUCCUAAACCUCAGGUCAAUUUAACCAAUUCUUUUUCAAAGAGAAAGCGUCAGGCCGAUUCUGAUUCUAGUAAUAUCCAAGAAGCGUUCCAAAUGAUUACAGACUGUGAUACAUAUACGCUUACAGACUUUUUAUUGUAUUUGAAGAAUCAUUGCAUGAUUACCUAUGAUAUAACGCUUGACUGCAGCUUUAACAGCAACAACGAUCCUCUAACGACUUACUUAAACCGAAAGGAUGUUCAGCAACAGUUACAUGCCACUCGUGUUGAAUCAGCACUGACAUCUUCAAAGGGGAUUUUUGGAAACGGCUGCAAUUAUGAUGUUUAUGGAGAGAUUGUUAAACACGGGGCUCCUUCUAUAUUAGAGGAAGUUGUUCCUGAGUUGGUACAAAAUAACAAGGUGUCAUUUUUAGCCGGUGCUCUAGACUUUCAAAUUCUUUGGACUGGUUCAUUGUUGGCAUUACAAAAUACAACUUGGAAUGGAUGGCAAGGAUUUCAAGAAACCCCGGAUUUAAAUUCACCUUCUGGAUUCACAUUAAAUGAGCGAAAUCUUGCUUUUACACUGUCAAACAAUGUGGGUCAUAUGGCUCCAAGCAAAGAUCCGGCUAUGGUCAUUGACUGGCUCCAAAAAACAUUACUUGAUUAA